CUCGACGCGAUGAUUGCUGACAGGUUUACCCUCCAGAUAAGACCCCCGGAUAUCGGCGUUGCUGGCCUUGAUGCCGACUAACACAUCAAGCAUCUGCUCGUCGUUUCUAGCAUCAUGAUUUAACGGUCAUCUGAGUUGUAGUGGUACCGUGCUGGAGUCAUGGGUACGAAACCAGAUAUUCUUAUGAUAGACUCGGCCGUGCAAGCGGUUGAUGUCGAAAGAAGGCAAGCACUAUCACAACAAUACAAUCUAAUUUACUAUGAUUGUGACUCGACAGCACAAUUCAUAGAGCGCUUGAAACCUGGCGGUCCAUAUUCCAAAGUCAUGGCAAUCGUGCGUAAUGGUUGGCACAAGAUUGGCAAAAUGGCGAAUCAGUUUCCCUUCAAUUCGAAAGUCGUGCCGCACUUCCCUCCAACAUUGCGGAUCAUUUGCUGCAGUGGCCAUGGCUACGAUGCUGCAGACAUCAAGGAGAUCACAGCCCGUCAGAUAUGGUACUGCAAUACACCGAAUGCAUGUACUGAGGCUGUCGCGAACACGGGCUUGUCUUUGGUUCUGGAUACCUUUCGAUUUCUGACCUAUGCACAGUGGUGUGCGCGGUACGACUGGAUGGCGAGUAAGCAACUCGGCAUGGAAGCAGUUGAUCCCUGCGGACAAUCUUUGGGCAUCGUGGGCUUGGGAGAUAUCGGCCUGGCGAUCGCACAGAAGUGUGAAGCUGCGCUCGGCAUGAACAUCCACUAUCAAGGCCCAAGACGAAAAGAGACCUCCGAGCGAACCUUGAUGAGGCCUGCAGUGUACCACUCAAGUGUGGAGGAUAUGAUCCCCGAGGUCGACUGCAUUGUUCUCGCUGCUCCGUACACAGAAGACACGCAUCACUUACUGUCCACGAUGCAAUUCUCACUGGCAAAGAAAGGAGGUCUGAGAGUCGUGAACAUUGCGAGAGGCAAGAUGAUCGACGAGUCAGCACUUCUGGAGGCUCUUGAAAGUAAGAAGGUCGUCGGAGUUGGUCUCGAUGUGCAUGAAGACGAGCCGAGAGUAAAUCCCAAGCUUCGAGAGAAUUGGAGAGUGACGCUUCUUCCACAUAUUGGUGUUUGCUCAGGCACGAGUUGGCACAAUUUCGAGAAGACCAACCUAGAUAAUCUAGAGGCUUUCCUGAAGACCGGGACGCCAUUGACACCAAUCAACAGUGUCUGAUGCCUGAGAACGCUCUUUGGGUCGAUGUUGGUCCGUAGAGUGUUGUGACUCAGACUGGGACAAGAUAUGCGCGGAUUAUUGUCCAGGCAAUGUACAGGUGAAUUGGUUCCUUGCAGGCGAUGCGAGACUGGCGGCGGCCCGAAGGCACCUACAGUACGCGCACACAAGCUAAUAACUCCAAAGGUCCUAAUUAAGGGUUACUAGCGCUUCGGGUCUUGCCCUUCUCUAUUUGCCCGGUUUCUAUGCUGAUACCACUCAACACAACCUCUAUCUUCAUCCUGCAACUGGAUGUUCUUUUGCUUCGCCCACUGGGUAUUACCACUUGUGCUUUGUCCACCAAUCGCAUUUACGAAAGGCGCGUGG